AUGGCGGAGUAGCCUCUUUUUAUAACUGAAAAUAAACAAAUAUUGCCUACUCUAGAAAAGAUCCACCCUGAUCAAGCCAAGAAUAUGUAGGAACUUUGCAAAGAGAUGGAAGGUUUAAUAGAUUAAACAAACACAAAUGUAAACCAUAUGUUAAAGUCUUAACAAAACAGCAUUCUAAAUGCCUUCAAGCAAGUCUUAGAAAACAUGAAGAAAGACAUAGAUAGAAUUAAUGAAAAGUUUCAUCAAUACGUUGCAUUUCAUGAAUAAGAAUCCCAAGUAGUAAAUGCUUAAAACAAAAUGGUAUUCUUUAGAUAAGAAUGUCAUACUUUAAAUGAAUAAUGUAAAUAAUUGAAGCAUAAUGUCUAAACACUCGCAAAAGCAAAUUAAUUUUUAGAAAAUGAAUUGAUGUUCACUAAAGAAGCUUUAUUAAAAUAAGUUUAGAAAAAUGAAAAACUCAAACAAAUUAUUAAGAGGUUCAAAGAAUAAAUGAAUGAAAAUUCAGAUUUGAAAAACCAAAAUCUUAAAUUAUAACCGACCGAAUCUAAGAUGUUAUAAGACUACUAGUAGCAUAUCUAAACAAGUGUGAAAAGGGGUAGAUAUGAUUCUUCUCAUAAUAAUAAGAACACUUCAUUUAACUCAAUACCUAAUUCAGAGACUAAAUCGAAAUUUAUUUUUUCAUAAUAAACCAGAGCUUAAAGUCUAUAAAAAAGUAUUUUGGCUAAAAGAUCAGGAAUAUUUGAAACGACUAUUUUAGAUAAAUCUUAGCAAUAAAACCAAACAUUUGAAUACUCCAGAUAUCAUUCUAUAAAAUAUGAUAAUGAAAAUCAUCAAUGA